UUCAGGUUCAGAAACUUCCUGUCAAGGUUGCAUCACUUGUUCGAACAAUAUAUUAUUUCUGUCUGGUUUCCACGUUGUAUCUUUGAUUGAUUGCUCGUGUCUGUUCUCUUUCGAACAUGGCGGCGACUCCGGCAACGAAUCCAUCGCAAUUGCUUCCUCUGGAACUCGUGGAUAAGUGUAUUGGAUCCCGAAUCCACAUCGUUAUGAAGAAUGACAAAGAGAUCGUCGGAACCCUGUUGGGUUUCGACGAUUUUGUCAACAUGGUGCUGGAGGAUGUGACAGAAUUUGAGAUCACACCAGAAGGAAGGAGGAUAACCAAACUGGAUCAGAUCUUGCUCAAUGGCAACAACAUCACUAUGCUCAUUCCUGGAGGGGAGGGGCCGGAAGUUUAAGGAGCAAAAGGAGAAUUUAGUGAAAUUUCUUAUACUCUUUCUUUGAGCUCACCUUUCCUCUCAACCUUAUCUUUGGUUUGUGUACAUUUUUUUUUUAAUGCAAGAGCUAUUUUCCCAAUGGGAGCUGUUUGAAUUGUCUUCUGAUUAGAGAGCAUAAUGUAACCGUGUGGUAUAGAGAUAACUGUCGCUUAACGGUGAAAUCAUUUCAUUAUUGUUUUAAAAAUGUUUUUGUUAUAAAUAAAUCACACGACGACGUGCCCCCUUUGGGAUUGAUUUUUAACCUGAA